CAUGAAACAACCAAAAUUAAUUUGCCGGAAUUGAUAAACUAUUGGAGCGAACUCUGUUGACUAACUUUUCAACUUACUUAGUAAACAAAACUGUUUGAAUCGAGUUCAACUCAGCUGACUUUAAUUUUGAACGGUGAUAAAUUGUGAGGAAAAUUUCUCUGAAAUAAAAAUUAUCAUCAUAAUUUGCCUGUUGGACAUAUUUAAUUCGUGCUUCAUUUCUUACCUCUUUAUUCAACAGUUUCUAAUAACCAAUAAGUUACAAUGUCGUUACAGCUUAAAAUUUCAGAAUUUGAAAAUCUCCAGAAAAGCAACCUUUAAGCUGCUGUUAUUGUAUGUUGGAUUGGAAUCCAUUAAAUUAUUAAACUGUGCAUUGUGAUUUACUUAUCGUCCAAUAUUUAUCAUGAAAAGGAACCAAAGCAUUAUCCAUCGAUUACGGAAUCGUGAAUUAGUUGACCAUUCAUCCAGAUCAUGCCAUCGUCAAAUUCAACGAAGUCUUCAUGAGCACAUUUAUCCAAACAUGACUGUGAUUAACAUUGAAAGGCCUCCCUGUAUUGUAAGAAAGUUUACACCUGAUGGCAAACGUUUAAUUGGCUUCAGUUACGACCAGGUGUCUAUAUUUAUCUAUGAAUAUCUAGGACCUGAUCGGGCAAACGAUUUGCUUGAAAACGUGCGUCUUACUGAUGAUUUUAUUGAAGACAAUGGAGAAAAUCGGGAUUCUCUUUUCACCAAUAUAUUUAAACGCUUUUUCAAACUUAAACACAUCAUAAAAUUGGCCCAAAAUGAUGAGAAAUUAAAUCGCGAAUGCAGCCUCUUCACAUUCGAUAGUAGAUAUGUUAUUGUUGCCAGUUCUGCUCCUAUUAUUGACAUGCCAAACUAUUAUGAUGUAUUGAGAAAUAACGAAUCAGUCAGUGUAAAUGUAAAAUUUUUCUGUGAAGAUUACAUUAUUUAUCUGAUUGAUAUAAAAAAUGGUAAAAAAUGUGACCAAAUUGUUUUAAAAACGGACAACAUUUCCCUGCCUCACAACCAAGGACUUUACCUGUACGAUGAUAUACUUGCCAUACUCUCAGUUCAACACCAAACCAUUUAUCUUUAUCGUUUAGACGAUUGUAAAAUAGUGGGGAAAACGUUCAUUGAAGUUAAUUCUAUUGGACGCUUUUGUUAUGAUGACGACCCUUUUGUUUCGACUCUGCACAAUACGGAAACUCGUCCACUGUCACCCUCCUCAUCAGAUUCAUCAAACGCAUCAGCUUCAUCUUAUCUCGAUUCUCAAUUUGAUACACCAACUCAUCCUUACCACGAAGUUUCUUUUUGUGCCAUGAAACAUAGAAUUUUGGCCUUUUUUUACCGUCAGGCCCAAAGUCAAGCCAAAGAGAAAUCUAACCCUGAAUUAUUACUAACAUUUUACCGAAAGUUUGACGAAUACUGUGGCCUAAGAAUGUCCAAAAUGCAGUUACUUGAUAGAGACCAUCUAUUAAUUAAAUAUGAAUUUGGAGAGUUGGUCGCUCAAAGGCUAGGAGAUCAAACUGGUUUCACAUCUUACUUUGUUUUUUACCAAAUAUCGAAAGCCAAAAUUUUAGAUAUUUAUUCAAACACAUCCAAUGAAUUGGCCCAGCUGUUUGAAAAUUACUGUGAUUAUUUUCGUAACACUCAUACUCUCUAUAAUCAAGCCAUUUGUUCAUCAACCAACAAUUUCUAUGCUCGAGAAUGUUUACAUCGAUUUAAAAAUAUCACCAAUCGAGAUCAUGGCUCAGAGGAAACAACCCGACGAGUCUUAUCUUUACUUCCACUGUCUGCACAAUCAUAUACACCAUCUCCAUAUUUGGAUCUAUCUCUAUUUAAAUACGAUGACCGUUGGAUAUCUCCUUUGGAACGUCCAAAAGUCUGCAGUGAAUAUGCAAUACAAUUUUUCUCUCGCUCCGAUGGAUCAUUCCGUUUCCAAAUACAUGCAGAUCGGCAGCAUAUUGAAGCCUCCCUUGUAACCCUGAGAUUAGUCGCUUAUACCUUCCAUCCUACUGAUCCUUUUGCGUUGAGCAUUCAACGAACAAGCUCCGAUAUUGCUGUUCAUCUUCAUUUCCGAUAUAUUCCUCAAGAAUUAUGGCGAUAAUUCAACUUCACUCAUUUCAAAACUUACCAUGAAUAAGAAAAAAACAAUCCAACUCAGAGUAUAUAUUUAUUUAGGCUUGUAAACUCCUGUUGAAAAUGUUAAAACCUUGAUGGCAACCCUUUCAACUUUGAAUGCAAAGAGUAAAUUAAAAGCACCGUCAAACUCAAUGCAUUCAAUUGUAUUAAGAAAGAUGGUUAAAUAUUUUUACAACAUUUAAUUUUAUGUUGUAGUUGUUAUAGCUCUACCUUUAAAUUUGCCGAAUCGGAUCCACUAUUGGUUGUUUAUCCCUUCACCCAUCAUCUUGCGCUGCCCGGUGAAACAUUUCCUGAUACUCUCACGUUCUGGUUAUUUUAAGGACGUAAAAGUUUACUAUCAAGGGAUCAUUUCGUUAAAUUUUCAAGAUAUGACGAUGACUUACUCCACAAAUCUAGUCCAAAAUGAACCAAAUGAGUAAUAUUUGACGUUUUCAAUAAAAUGCAAUUAAUUUAAAAUCAUCGCCAUCAUUCUCAUUGGGCACCUAAUCAUGAAAAUUUGUAUCAUCAUUAUUUAUAUCGCUCUAAUCAAUACUAAGGUAUUAAUAUCUUUGGGACAUCUGAUGGUUCCCUUCAAAUACAAUUUAGAUUCACACAUCUAACUUGAUGUAACUAUCGUAUCACUUGAGUAUCAAAUAUUCAUUUGAUAUUUUGUUUCCUUCAAAUUUUUUCAUACAAUUCUCAAAUCAUUGUUUAUACUGUGAACCUUUGAACUCAUCAUUGAUAUUUUGCACCAAUUUGCAUAUUAGUCCGUAUUCAAGAGCUGAUUCUCAUCUUUUGCUGCUUGUAAUUAUUUUGUUCAUAAUCAUAAAUCUUGUUGUUAUAUUAAAAUAUCUUUCAAUGAUCUAUUGAUAAUUGUAAGGAUUUUUUUACAUAAUUGGAAAAUUAAACAUGCAAUUAACUGAAAA